GUGUAUGUGUAUAUGGAUAUUAAUAUACAUGGAUAUUACAUAAUAUAUAGAGAAAAAAAAAUAAGGCUACUGUUUUUCUUUUUUUUAAAAAAAAAGCGUGGAACAGCCGAAAGCCGUAGCAAAUUCCGAUAUUUGGACAAUACAUAUUCUAAACUAUACCAAAUAUUAUAAACUGAUUAUUAUUGUAAUAGUUAUGUAAAACGUUCUUCAUAUCCUACUUGAGUUCAUUCGUAUUCCCAUUUUUUCACGUUUUCCUAUUCAUAUAUGUAUGUAUGGUACAUAUAAAUUUACAUAUCUAUUUUGUACCUUUUUCUUUUUCUUUUCAAAUUAUUAAAAGUAUGAACAAUACAAACCAUUUUGUAAUAACAGAAACAAAACGUAAAAGACUCAAGGUGGUCAGUGCUUGUAAUGAAUGUCGUCGAAAGAAAACAAAAUGUAAUGGAGAGAGUCCUUGUGCAAGUUGCAUCAAGUCAAGUGUAAACUGUCUCUAUUCCAUCCAUUCUUCUUCAUCUAUAUUAAAAAAGACAGCUCAUAACCAGUCAGUGGUUAAAGAAGAUAAUAACGUAAUACAGUCUAUUGAAAAUCGUUUAAAUAGAAUUGAAGAUAUUUUACAUCAAUUAUUACUUCGUCAGCAUCAAGAUAUUAUAAGCGAAACAAAGGACAGUUAUCCUUCAGUUUUUAAUAAAAAGCGAAAAAGGUGUGAUGAAGAAAUUCCCUUCAUUUUACCUCCGCCUAUCAUUCAUUCAGUCACUCGUCGUCCUUCUGCCUUUUUUAGGAUUCGUCCUUCUAAUCAUAUUGUUGCUGGUUCAACAUCAUUUUAUUAACAUACCCUAAAACCCU